GAUGUGCGUUCUAUCAAGAGGAUUACGAAUAGAAUAAUCACUCUCUUACGCUCACCACAGUUCCGAAGAAGAAUACGAAUGCUGUGAAAAGAGCAUCCAACAAGCCGAUUGCGAAAACUGCAGAAUCACAAUUGUUGAAAAGCCAUCAGAUUCAACAAAGUAUACCUGCAGCCUCGCGACCAUUUAGAAGACUUGGAAGAACUUAAAGAGGAUUCAGAAGACACUUAGUUUCUCCAAAGACGAGAAAAUUUACGCCACGACACAGUACUUUUCGUUUACGGAAGAAAAGAGGGGAAAUCCAUCGCCCUCGCCCUUAUCAAAAUACUCAAAAUGAGUUCCACAGUACCCCGCCCUGGCGCCGCGAAACUGGGACCUCGUUCUGGUCUUGAGGAAUGGUUAGCAGAGGCAAAGCAAUGUCAUUAUUUACCAGAAUGGGCAAUGAAACAACUUUGCGAAAUGGUAAAGGAGUGUUUAAUGGAAGGUAAUGCUUUUUGGAUCCCCGCCAGUGUCAUAUCGUACUGAUUCUUCUCCCGACAGAGUCAAAUAUACAACCUGUCGCAACACCUGUGACUAUUUGUGGUGAUAUUCAUGGUCAAUUUUACGAUUUACUCGAGCUUUUCCGUAUCGCUGGUGGUAUGCCAGGAGAGACAAAUGUUCAAGCCCCCACCACUGUUAUUAACACAGAUGCGCUUGAACCGCCUACGCAAAUUACAGAUCCAAAACUGAAGAAGAAGAUACGAAGCAGUGAUAGUGGUAUGGAAAGUGCAAGUGGAGGAGAUGAUGAUGAAGAUGAUGAACCUCGAGGACGCCCACGUACUGCAGGUGGAUCAAAUCGUAGUACAAGCUCUGGGGCUGACUCUGGUAUCAAUAUCAACAAUAAUCAAGUUUCUGGAAAUGGGAACCAAAAUUUUAUCUUCCUCGGUGAUUUUGUCGACAGGGGAUAUUUUAGUUUGGAAACUUUUACUUUAUUGAUGUGCUUGAAAGCUACGUAAGUAAAAUCUCACGUUCUGUGAGGCCCGUUGCUAACAAUCCUAGAUAUCCUGAUAAAAUUACUCUCGUCCGUGGAAACCAUGAAUCUCGUCAAAUCACACAAGUAUAUGGUUUUUACGAAGAAUGUCAACAAAAAUAUGGGAAUGCCUCAGUUUGGAAAUCUUGCUGUCAAGUUUUUGAUUUCCUUGUCCUUGCAGCCGUAGUUGAUGGAGAGGUCCUUUGCGUUCAUGGUGGUUUGAGUCCAGAAAUUAGAACUGUCGAUCAAAUCAGAGUUGUUGCACGUGCACAAGAAAUUCCCCAUGAGGGAGCUUUUUGUGAUUUGGUUUGGAGUGAUCCUGAGGAUGUCGAUACUUGGGCUGUUUCUCCUCGUGGAGCUGGAUGGCUUUUCGGAGAUAAAGUUGCCAAUGAGUUUAAUCAUGUUAAUGGUCUUAAACUUAUUGCUCGUGCUCAUCAACUUGUUAACGAGGGAUAUAAGGUAUGUCAUUUUAUUCCCUUUGCUAGAUUUUUCUAACAAUACAUAGUAUCAUUUUGCACAAAAAUCUGUUGUUACUGUCUGGUCAGCUCCCAACUACUGUUAUCGAUGUGGCAAUGUCGCGUCAAUUAUGAACGUUGGCGAAGAUCUUAAUCCCAAAUUCAGUAUAUUCAGCGCAGUGCCAGAGGAUCAACGUGCAGUUCCAGCUGGUAGAAGAGGUGCUGGUGAUUACUUCCUUUAAUUAUACCACACACACGUUCUUUACUGUUGAUACAUUCUCCAUAUUUCAAGAGAUGUAUACUGGAUAUCCACCUAGGCGUUUGUUUUUAAAGGUUGGCAUUUUCGAAAGGCGUCUGUUUGGUAAAUUACCCCUGUACAACAAUAGUUGAAUCUGGUUUCUGUCUUUUUAAUUUAAAUCGAGAUGAUGGAUUUGGCUUGGUUGGGCUUGAUCUGGCUACAUUCACAUGGGAAUGAUGUGAAAUGAAAGGUAUCUAUGAAUCUUAGAUCUUAUGAGUGAUGAGAGAUGGAUUGAGAUAUAUAUGGCAUGGUAUACGAAAGCGUAGUAUAAAAGAUAUGAUAUGGAAUUUUAGUCGUUGCAUUUUG